AUGUUCCUCAAUCAUUGGUCUAACUAUGGAGUUCAAGGAAUCCAACAAAGCUACCAACAGAACCAUGAACCUUCUCAAGAUUCUAACAAUGUUGCUGUUGAGGUUAAUGAGGAAAAGACACCAUUUGGUUUUGAUGGACAACUUGGUGAACCCCAGCAUGAAGAAGAGGCUAAGGACGUGGGCACAGCUCAAGACUAUGGUUUGGAAUCCAUCCAGUGGGCUGAUGAGGAAGAAAAUGUUCUUGAGGAAGAAAGUGUGCUUGAGGAGACCCAAGAGGAUGCAUUGGCUCUCAAUGGAAAAUGUCUAAGCUCUUUCUUCCUUCCCUCAUUAGAGACUAAGGAGAUUGUGAGUAAUUGUGAGAGCAAGAAUUUAGCUUCACACCCAAAAGCUUGUAAGAAGAAGAACCAAUCUCAUGAGGAAAAUGGUUUGGAUUAUGGUAAUAUUGAGGAAGCUUUAGCAUUGGAUGGAGCUUGUUUGAAAAUUCUUUUCUCUACCACAUUGGUGAAGGAGGUUCAGAAUAUCAAGGACAAACAGAAGGUCAAAAAGAAAGAGUCUAAGAAGCCAUAUGGAUACCACUUGACCAGCCAUGCUCCAUCUUCUCACACUAUGAGCUUACACCCUUUGAGACACAUAAAUGGAACCAUUGAGUACAAGGUGAAGUGCAAGGGUACUUCUAAGCCAUUUUCACGUGUUAAAGCCAUUCUCCAUCCCAAGAUGCUGGAAAAAGACCAUGGCAAGCUUGAAGAGCUACUCUCCACAAUCCUCUUGGUCAACCUCACAAAGAGCACAAGUCUGGAUUCCUCAACUCAUCUUGCCAUCAGCAGCUCAACAAGGAGUUCUGCUACUCCUUCUCUCCAGCUCCCUAAGGACAAAGGCUAG